GCGGGUCCCCCUCGAUUUCCGGCUUCAGGGGACGCGUCGCCCCCGUAGCUCUAACGUGGACGACCCCCCCAACCCCCGCGGCCCGGCCAAGUCCAUGCCAAGGGCUCCCUGCUCAGCACCGACAUGGCUGAGAACUCCCCACCGCCCCCUUCCCCCGCUGCAGCCCCGGUGGCUGAACCCGGAGUCACGGAGCCGGGGCCCCAGAGCCCCCCUCCCUCCCCUCCUGGCCCAGAAGAGCCCAUGGACGGAGUUGACCCAGAAGUCCCUCACCCGGACCUGGCCCCCGUUGCCUUCUUCUGCCUGCGACAGACCACCAGCCCCCGGAACUGGUGCAUCAAGAUGGUGUGUAACCCGUGGUUUGAAUGUAUCAGCAUGCUGGUGAUCCUGCUGAACUGCGUGACCCUCGGCAUGUACCAGCCGUGCGACGACAUGGAUUGCCUGUCAGAGCGCUGCAAGAUCCUGCAGGUCUUUGACGACUUCAUCUUUGUCUUCUUUGCCAUGGAGAUGGUGCUCAAGAUGGUGGCCCUGGGCAUUUUUGGCAAGAAGUGCUACCUUGGGGACACAUGGAACCGACUGGAUUUCUUCAUUGUCAUGGCAGGGAUGGUCGAGUACUCCCUGGACCUCCAGAACAUCAACCUGUCGGCCAUCCGUACCGUGCGCGUCCUGAGGCCCCUCAAAGCCAUCAACCGUGUGCCCAGUAUGCGGAUCCUGGUGAACCUGCUCCUGGACACACUGCCCAUGCUGGGGAAUGUCCUCCUGCUUUGCUUCUUUGUCUUCUUCAUCUUUGGCAUCAUCGGCGUGCAGCUCUGGGCCGGCCUGCUUCGCAACCGCUGCUUCCUGGAGGAGAACUUCACCAUACAAGGGGACGUGGCUCUGCCCCCCUACUACCAGCCGGAGGAGGACGACGAGAUGCCCUUCAUCUGCUCCCUGUCGGGGGACAACGGCAUCAUGGGCUGCCACGAGAUCCCUCCGCUCAAGGAGCAGGGCCGCGAGUGCUGCCUGUCCAAGGACGACGUCUACGACUUCGGGGCGGGCCGCCAGGACCUCAACGCCAGUGGGCUCUGCGUCAACUGGAACCGCUACUACAACGUGUGCCGCACGGGCAGCGCCAACCCCCACAAGGGCGCCAUCAACUUUGACAACAUCGGCUAUGCCUGGAUAGUCAUUUUCCAGGUGAUCACUCUGGAAGGCUGGGUGGAGAUCAUGUACUAUGUGAUGGAUGCUCACUCUUUCUACAACUUCAUCUAUUUCAUCCUGCUCAUCAUCGUGGGCUCCUUCUUCAUGAUCAACCUGUGCCUCGUUGUCAUAGCGACCCAGUUCUCGGAGACCAAGCAGCGGGAGCACCGGCUGAUGCUGGAGCAGCGGCAGCGCUACCUGUCCUCCAGCACGGUGGCCAGCUACGCUGAGCCCGGCGACUGCUACGAGGAGAUCUUCCAGUACGUCUGCCACAUCCUGCGCAAGGCCAAGCGCCGCGCCCUGGGCCUCUACCACGCCCUGAGGAGCCGGCGCCAGGCCCCGGGGACGCCCGGCUCCGCCACGCCCGGGCCCGGCGCCAAGGAGCCCAGGCACUACAAGUUAUGCCCCCGACACAGCCCCCUGGACCCGACGCCCCACACGCUGGUGCAGCCCGUCUCCGCCAUGCUGGCCUCCGACCCUGACAGCUGCCCCUGCUGCCAGCACGACACCGGCCGGUGGCCCUCAGGCCCGGGCAGCAGCAGCGACUCAGGCCAGGAGGGCUCGGGCUCCGCGCACGCGGGGGUCGGCGAGGGUGAAGCCGGCAUGGAUGUGGCCCGCACCAGCGAGGACGGGGCCUCCUCGGAGCUGGGGAAGGAGGAUGAGGAGGGGCCGGCCGAUGGGGCGGCCCGGCUGUGCGAAGACCUGUGGCGGGAGACGCGAGCCAAGCUGCGGGGCAUCGUGGACAGCAAGUACUUCAACCGGGGCAUCAUGAUGGCUAUUCUGGUCAACACCGUCAGCAUGGGCAUCGAGCACCAUCAGCAGCCUGAGGAGCUGACCAACAUCCUGGAGAUCUGCAAUGUGGUCUUCACCAGCAUGUUUGCCCUGGAGAUGCUGCUGAAGCUGGCUGCCUUCGGGCUCUUCGACUACCUGCGCAACCCCUACAACAUCUUCGACAGCAUCAUUGUCAUCAUCAGCAUCUGGGAGAUCGUGGGGCAGGCGGACGGCGGGCUGUCGGUGCUGCGGACUUUCCGGCUGCUGCGGGUGCUGAAGCUGGUGCGCUUUAUGCCCGCGCUGCGGCGCCAGCUCGUGGUGCUCAUGAAGACCAUGGACAACGUGGCCACCUUCUGCAUGCUGCUCAUGCUCUUCAUCUUCAUCUUCAGCAUCCUUGGGAUGCACAUCUUUGGCUGCAAAUUCAGCCUGCGCACGGACACAGGAGACACGGUCCCUGACAGGAAGAACUUCGACUCCCUGCUGUGGGCCAUCGUCACGGUGUUCCAGAUCCUCACCCAGGAGGACUGGAACGUCGUCCUCUACAACGGCAUGGCUUCCACCUCCCCCUGGGCCUCCCUCUACUUCGUUGCCCUCAUGACCUUCGGCAACUAUGUGCUCUUCAACUUGCUGGUAGCCAUCCUGGUGGAGGGCUUCCAGGCGGAGGGUGAUGCCAAUCGCUCCUACUCGGACGAGGACCAGAGCUCAUCCAACAUGGAGGAGUUUGACAAGCUCCAGGAGGGCCUGGACUGCAGCGGAGAUCCCAAGCUCUGCCCAAUCCCCAUGACCCCCAAUGGGCACUUGGACCCCAAUCUCCCACUGGGUGGACAUCUGGGCCCCACUGGGGCUGCAGCAUCCGCCCCCCGCCUCUCACUGCAGCCAGACCCCGUGCUAAUGGCCCUGGGCUCCCGCAAGAGCAGUGUCAUGUCACUGGGGAGGGUGAGCUACGACCAGCGCUCCCUGUCCAGCUCUCGGAGCUCCUACUACGGGCCGUGGGGCCGCAGCGGGGCCUGGGCCAGCCGUCGCUCCAGCUGGAACAGCCUCAAGCACAAGCAACCGUCGGCGGAGCAUGAGUCCCUGCUCUCCGCUGAGCGUGGCGGCGCCCGGGGCUGCGAGGGUGCCCGGGACGAAGGCCCGCUACGGACCGCGCCCCUGCACGCCCUACACGCCCACCAUGCACAUCAUGGUCCCCACCCGGUGCAUCGUCACCGCCACCACCGCCGAACACUGUCCCUCGACACCAGAGAUUCGGUGGACCUGGCCGAGCUAGUGCCCACCGUGGGCACCCACUCCCGGGCGGCCUGGAGGACGGCGGGCCUGACCCCCGGGCACGAGGACUGCAAUGGCAGGAUGCCCAGCAUCGCCAAGGACGUCUUCACCAAGAUGGAUGACCGCCGGGAUCGCGGGGAGGAUGAGGAGGAGAUUGACUACACUCUGUGCUUCCGAGUCCGCAAGAUGAUUGACGUCUACAAGCCUGACUGGUGUGAAGUCCGCGAGGACUGGUCCGUCUACCUCUUCUCCCCCGAGAACAGGUUCCGGGUCCUGUGUCAGACCAUCAUUGCCCACAAGCUCUUUGACUAUGUCGUCCUGGCCUUCAUCUUCCUCAACUGCAUCACCAUCGCCCUGGAGCGGCCCCAGAUUGAGGCUGGCAGCACCGAACGCAUCUUCCUCACUGUGUCCAACUACAUCUUCACAGCUAUCUUCGUGGGCGAGAUGACCCUGAAGGUGGUCUCGCUGGGCCUGUACUUCGGGGAACAGGCGUACCUGCGCAGCAGCUGGAAUGUACUGGACGGCUUCCUUGUCUUCGUGUCAAUCAUUGACAUUGUGGUGUCCGUGGCCUCGGCUGGGGGAGCCAAGAUCCUUGGCGUCCUCCGGGUCCUACGGCUCCUGCGCACCCUACGGCCCCUGCGUGUCAUUAGCCGGGCACCUGGCCUGAAGCUGGUGGUGGAGACACUCAUCUCCUCCCUAAAGCCCAUCGGCAACAUCGUCCUCAUCUGCUGCGCCUUCUUCAUCAUCUUCGGCAUCCUGGGGGUGCAGCUCUUCAAGGGCAAGUUCUACCACUGUCUGGGUGUAGACACCCGCAACAUCACCAACCGCUCCGACUGCGUGGCUGCCAACUACCGCUGGGUCCAUCACAAGUACAACUUCGACAAUCUGGGCCAGGCCCUCAUGUCCCUCUUUGUGCUGGCCUCCAAGGAUGGCUGGGUGAACAUUAUGUACAAUGGACUGGACGCCGUCGCAGUGGACCAGCAGCCCGUGCCCAACCACAACCCCUGGAUGCUGCUCUACUUCAUCUCCUUCCUGCUCAUCGUCAGCUUCUUCGUGCUCAACAUGUUCGUGGGCGUCGUGGUGGAGAACUUCCACAAGUGCCGGCAGCACCAGGAGGCCGAGGAGGCGCGGCGGCGCGAGGAGAAGCGGCUGCGGCGGCUGGAGAAGAAGCGCCGGAAGGCCCAGCGGCUGCCCUACUAUGCUACCUACUGUCCCACGAGGCUGCUCAUCCACUCCAUGUGCACCAGCCACUACCUGGACAUCUUCAUCACCUUCAUCAUCUGCCUCAAUGUGGUCACCAUGUCCCUGGAGCACUACAACCAGCCCACGUCUCUGGAGACAGCCCUCAAGUACUGCAACUACAUGUUCACCACCGUCUUUGUGCUGGAGGCUGUGCUGAAGCUGGUGGCAUUUGGUCUGAGACGCUUCUUCAAGGACCGGUGGAACCAGCUGGACCUGGCCAUCGUGCUGCUGUCGGUCAUGGGCAUCACGCUGGAGGAGAUUGAGAUCAACGCGGCGCUGCCCAUCAACCCCACCAUCAUCCGAAUCAUGCGGGUCCUCCGAAUCGCCCGGGUGCUGAAGCUCCUGAAGAUGGCCACGGGAAUGCGGGCCCUGCUGGACACCGUGGUGCAAGCUCUGCCCCAGGUGGGCAACCUGGGCCUCCUCUUCAUGCUGCUCUUCUUCAUCUAUGCCGCCCUGGGAGUGGAGCUCUUCGGGAAGCUGGUCUGCAAUGAUGAGAACCCUUGUGAGGGCAUGAGCCGGCACGCCACCUUCGAGAACUUCGGCAUGGCCUUCCUCACGCUCUUCCAGGUCUCCACUGGCGACAACUGGAACGGGAUCAUGAAGGACACGCUGCGGGACUGCACGCACGAUGAGCGCAGCUGCCUGAGCAGCCUGCAGUUCGUGUCACCGCUGUACUUCGUCAGCUUCGUGCUCACGGCCCAGUUCGUGCUCAUCAACGUGGUGGUGGCCGUGCUCAUGAAGCACCUGGACGACAGCAACAAGGAGGCCCAGGAGGACGCCGAGAUGGACGCCGAGCUGGAGCUGGAGCUGGCCCAUGGCCUGGGCCCCAGCCCGCGGCCACCCGCCGGAGCCCCAGGGGCGCCCACGCCCGCCCACGGGCCAGGAGGGGCGGCCGGCGAGGGUGACCCCGAGGGCUGCCUGCGCCGAAGCUGCUACUCGCCAGCCCAGGAGAACCUGUGGCUGGACAGCGUCUCUUUAAUCAUCAAGGACUCCUUGGAGGGGGAGCUGACCAUCAUCGACAACCUGUCCGGGUCCAUCUUCCACCACUACUCCUCGCCGGCCGGCUGCGAGAAGUGUCACCAUGACAAGCAGGAGGUGCAGCUGGCCGAGACGGAGGCCUUCUCCCUGAACUCAGACAGGUCCUCGUCCAUCCUGCUUGGCGAUGACCUGAGUCUGGAGGACCCUGCAGCCUGCCCCGUCGGCCCCAGGGACGGCAAGGGCGAGCCUGACCCGCCUGAGCCCAUGCGGGUAGGGGACCUGGGCGAAUGCUUCUUCCCCUUACCCAACACGGCCGUCUCAUCGGGUCCGGAGAACUUCCUGUGCGAGAUGGAGGCCAUCCCAUUCAACCCCGUCCGGUCCUGGCUGAAACACGAGGGCAGCCAAGCACCCCCGAGCCCUUUCUCCCCGGAUGCCUCCAGCCCACUCCUGCCCAUGCCGGCCGAGUUCUUCCACCCUGCUGUGGCUGCCAGCCAGGAAGGGCAGGAGAAGGGCGCCAGAGCCGGGACCCUCCCCAAGAUCGCCCUGCAGGGCUCCUGGGCCUCCCUGCGGUCGCCGAGCGUCAACUGCACCCUCCUUCGACAGGCCACGGGGAGCGACACGUCGCUGGAGGUCAGCCGCAGCAGCUCGGCGGGCAGCCUGCAGACCACGCUGGAGGACAGCCUGACCCUGAGCGACAGUCCGCGGCGAGGGCUGGGGCCGCCGGCGUCGGUCCUGGGGCCCCGCUCCGGCCCGUCGCCCGCCGCGCGCCGCCGCCCGAGCUCGCGGGGCCGGGGCCCGUUCAGCCUGCGCGGGCUGCGGGCGCACCAGCGCAGCCACAGCAGCGGGGGCUCCACCAGCCCGGGCUGCACGCGGCACGACUCCAUGGACCCCUCGGAUGAGGAGGGCGCGGGCGGCCGGGCCGGCGGGGGCGGCGGGGGCGCGGGCAGCGAGCACUCGGAGACCCUCAGCAGCCUCUCGCUCACCUCCCUCUUCGGGCCGCCGCCCCCGCCGCCCGGCCUCCGCCCCGCGCGCCGGUUCAGCAGCGCCAGCAGCCUGGCUGCCGGGCCCGGCCGCCCCCGCGCCACCGCCGCCGGGCCCCGCGGCCUGGCCCGCAGCCCCUCCUGGGCCGCCGCCGAUCGCUGCAAGGACCCGCCGCGCCCGGCCGAGUCGGCCGUCCCCCGGGACCCGGAGGCCCCCGAACCGCAGCCCCCGUCGCCGCUGGGGCAGCAGCCGUCCGGGGACGCCGCGAGCCAGGGGAAGAGAUGAGGGCCGCCGCCCGCCCGCCCCGUUUCACCUUUCUUUACCUCAGGAGCCAGGGGCAGACAGCAAUACUUCGUCCAGUCCACCACCUGGACCUGGGCGACGCGCCAGGGGGCCGCCGUCGGGGCGGGAGGAGCAGGCCCCCCCACACACCCCUGGUGGCCGAAGCUCAGAAGGGCCCAGCUGCGGUCCUGCCCGUGCGUAUACGUGUAUACAUAUGCAUAUACAUAGAGAGAGAGAGACAUAUAUAUUUAUUUUUUCUACCGAGAGCUUAUGACUUCCAGAAAGUGCUAAAGUUGAGCAUAGCCGGUGGGGGCCCACUCCGGGGGCACUGGCGGCAGGAAUUUCUGGUGUCUCCCUCCAGGGUUGAGAGUGGCUUGGAGAGGGCUCUCAGGCCUCUGAGGGUCCCCACCGUGGCCGGGGAGACAGGCCCAGAAGAAGAGGUGGAGUUCAGGGUGCAUUUUUUCCUUUAAAGAAGAAACGCUGCUAAGAUCCCGCCCCUCUACACGUUGGGGUGUCUGUCUUGUUCCUGACCGUCUAGUUGUUGUGACAGUCCUUUAUAGAUGCCCCAGAGCACACAAACUCUUAGUCAACCAGUUAGAUGUCUUUCUUUAGAAAAACCAGGGGUGAGUCCUGGUAUUACUUUUAGAACGGGGUGGGGGUAGAAGGUGGCUCCACGACUGAGCAGGGUGGGGGGCCUCACCUUUAGGUGAGGUUCCAGGGGCUUUUGCCCCCAAGGAGCUGAGAGCAGCAGGGCUGCAGGAAGGAGAGGGACGGUGGAGGAUUAAUCAGAUGAGGUAUUUUGAGGUCAAGGGAACCCUCCUGGUCUGUGCUGGUCGGGCUGUCCCCUAGGGCUCCUGGGUUCUGACAAUCAGUGGCCGGUUACUUAUUGCCUUUUACCCCCACCCCAGGGUGGACCCUGAGCCACGGUCAUUGCUGGAGGUUGUACACACCCCUCCACCCCCUGUCCCCUGACCAACUCUGCUCCCUGCCCCCCAUCUUCCAUGGAGUUCAGGGUAAAACAGAUCUGACAGGACCCUAAGUAGGGGUAGGGGUACCUACCUGGGCCCUGGGAUCAGCUCUGGCCCCUGCACCUUCCCACGCCCGCCUGGCACCUGGAGACCCACAUCCCCACAUCCUCUCUCCCUGCUGCCUGCCUCUGAGUCUCUGUUUUAUUCCCCUUCCCAGCUUUCCCAAAGCUGCAAUACUUCUCAAAUGGGUUCCCAGACGGGUAUUUAUUUGAAUAGUUUUGCAUUUAUCAGAUGGGUAUUUAUUUGAAUAGUUGUGCAUUUAUUUCAGUACUUAUUAGGAAAAAAACCCCAGUACAUUGGACCCAUGACGUCACAUAGUGCUCAGAUCAAGGCUGGGUUUUGAGCAGUGAAUGGACUUGAAGUCAUUUUGAAGAAGAAGGCUGGGUCACGGUGAUGCAGUGAUCUGCAGACACGCAGAGGUUGUGGGGUGGGAAAGGCUGAAAGCUGGGGACUCACCACCCUUCAGCAAUAACCAGGCCCUCUGCCGGUGUGAGAGCCUCUCAAAGGCUUAGGCUGGCCCCGCUGAGGGGCCCUUGACCUUGUUCCCAAAACCUGACCUUAAAGUGUUUGGCUUUGGGCUGGGCAGACAGGUUUGGGAGAAAGGUCUUCUUGACAGGUCCUGAGUCUUCUGGGUGGCAGAGGGACCCCUGGGGUCUGGGCAUCGUGCAAAGGGAGGAGGUAACAUGGCCUGCAAAGCCUUUCCCCAAGAGCUGGUAGGGGGCAGGGUUGUUUGGUCUACUUCACACCUGAGAAAGCCAAGGUCCACCCCAGCGGGUGAAGGGGCCACCCCAGGACCCUCAGAGCCCGGGGAGCAAAGAGGCUGGGGCGCCGUGGGCGGCCAACCCCCGAGUACCCGAAAUGUGAAACAGGGACCCUGUGUUUCAAAGCAGGUGGAUUCGGAAAGUCACAGCCGGGCUGUGGGCCUCUGCUGGCAGUGGGGGGGAGUUGGGCCAUCUUGGUGGUCAGUCCUGGACUUGCCCCUGAGCCUCUGGAGCCUCCCUCUCCUCACCUGAACGUGUGAUGGUGGGCAGUCCUCUUUGAGGGGUCGCCGUGAGGCCACACAAGGCAGUGCCCACACACUCUGCACUCUCCCAGGUGGCAGCCUCUGGGGAGGGGUUGGCUGGGCCUGGGGUCAUGUUCCCUCCUGCCCCCAGGGGCCCAUUGGCUGGAGGCAGAGGCUGGGCCCUAAUCCUGAGCUGCUUGCUCCAGAGAGCCUUGCACUGGCCGCCUGGCCAUGCUGAUGGUUUCAUUACGGGGGUGCUUGCUCAUCUGGGGAAGAAGAGGGUGGCGGGUAGCCACUGCCCGGGCUCUGCCUCACCCUCCCUCCAUGAGCCAUGCCGGCCCCAGCAAUCGAGGUGGAGGGGAGGCCGCACACACAGUAGGUGUGCCCGGCAGCGUGUUCCUGGAGGGAUGUGUGUGCCAGGGGCUGGAAGAUGGCCAGUGGGGCCUGGGAGGCCCGUGUGGAGGGUGGGUGGGGUUCAAGGGGAUGGCGUCUGACUCCGGUCAGCAGCCCCCGUUUUCUGGGCUCAGGUGUCGUCGGGCGGCUCUGAGCCGUGUGCAGUGCCGCUCCAUGCACAGACCGGGGAACUGGCUUUCCUGGUGUCACCGGGUUAUCAGUGGCUGGGCACGGAACACAUCUUGGGUGUGUCUGACAUAAAGCCAUCCUUUUACUGGGAUCUGUGUGACCUCAGAACAAGCAGACACGUGGGAAGAGUGAUCCAGCUGUCACUUGAGUGAUGGUGGGAGGUCUGGUCAAAGCAGGAUGUGUCUCAGAGCUGAACAUGGAAGAUAGAAGCAUUGCCCGAGGGAGUCGUGAGAGAUGGGCUUGUUCCUGGAGGGCCUCAAAUGCUGAACCCAGGCUCUUGGUCCUGUUCCUGGGAGUUACAGGUGAUAGGGGACGAGGGAAGCUGUGGUUGGCUGGCCAGGACAAGCCCAAAUGGCUAAGGGUUGGGUGAUUAGCCCCUUUGCCCUCUCUGAUCCCGAGGCCUGUCUAUCACAAAAGCACAAACCUACCCUAACCCACGUGGCCUGGCCCUGAGGAGAGUGGGGACCCUGGUGCUGGACACCCCAAGCUGUGUGUGUGCAGAUCUCUGCAGGAUGGUGGCUGGCAGGCACCUCAACACCUAUACAAAGGGACCCAAGACCAGAUGGGACAUGGCCUGCCCUGGCCAAACCCUUUUCCUGUCCUCUUGCCAGGCCUUCUCCUGCACCAGGCAGCCCCCUAAAAGUGGACCAAAUGUGCACAGUAUCAGCCUGUCUGCCUGUCUCCCCACCCCCCAAUUCUUCCCACUGGAGCUUUCUGUUUCCAGGGCCACCUCUGGCCCCCUUUGCUGCGCUGUGUAAGGGCUUGGGGUCUUAGAAACCGCUGUUUAGCCCAGAUACACAUACUCUUUUUGUCUUUGUGCAAUAAUCAGUGUUCCUGGUGGGGCCUGGGUUGAGCCAAGGUUUGAGGAGGAGACAGAGGCCGCCUCCUCCUGGAAGCCCUCCACCCAGCCCUGCUGCUGUGACUAUCGCACUCCCAGUCGCUGCACAGUUUCUAUGGUGUGAAUAAACUUCCCUCCUAGUUGCUGAUGGCGCUGGUACCUACUGGCCCAGACCACCUGGGGUCGAGAAACCAAGUGGCAGGCGCCACCAGUGUUGUUUUGAAUAAAACCCGAAGCCUAU